AGAGGUGAAGAUUGCCAAAACUCUUGUCCGUAUGGCCAAAUUGGACUUCAACCAAACUGCACAAUGUGUUCUGUUCCUGUAUCGGUGAUCUAUCAAGUCAGCUCUGAGCAAGACCCCAGCAGAACCAUUACAUGGACGAAAAGCUCCUCAAAACAAGUGUCCUGUUAUUGACUAUGCGAUACAGUAUCAACUGGUUAAGAGAGUUCUUUGCCAAGAGGAGGCUGGGGAGUUUGAAACUCUACACAACACAACAGAGAGACAGUCUCCUGUACCACAUACUGAUUCAUCUUUAGAGGCAAAUUCAAUCUACAAGGUUCGUGUUCUUGCCAGGAAUGAGGCAGGACUUGGGGAAUUUCAGGAGAUUGAUUAUAUAGAGCACACAACACCUGAGAAGGAGCCAACUGGAUCUCCAACAGGUUUCAAGACUACUUCAACAGCGAAGCAUAGUGUGGCAUUGAGCUGGAGUGAAAUACCAUGCGGUCAAAGAAAUGGUGUGAUAACUAAAUACAGACUCUCAUACAGGGUGCUGGACAAACCUUAUGACACCAGCUUCAGUCCAAACAGCUCAUUUGAAUCGUUUGAUAUAGAACCAUCAGAUAUGCACCGCAACAUCAGUGGUUUAGAACCAUCCACAAAAUAUGAUUUCCGACUGAAAGGUUUCAACAGUGCUGGUGUUGGAGAGAAAGCAACACUAGAGGCAUUUACUGCAGUUGAGACAGAUCUUCCUGCUCCGACCAAGCUUUCCCAAGAUGAUGUCUCAGAUUUGACUUCUUCCACAGUCACUAUCGCUUUGAAUCUUCCAUCCUCGUCAGAGUACAUUACAGGCAUGCAAGUUGGUGUAUGGCGAGUUAAUAGGACAGUCACUAGAAGGGACACCAGGGGAUCGAGGUACCAACGAUCCACUGAACCUACUCUUGAUUAUGUAGCAGCAGAAUUACCUAAGAAGGAUCUCCCUGCAACAUUCACUGUGGGUGACGGAGAAACAGAGGGAAACAAACCCCUGGAAAGCAACACUCAAUAUGACAUCUAUCUGGGAUCAGUCAGUAGGAUUUCUCAAUCGGAAUAUGCAAUUAAUUGGAGUGAGGCGCUCAGAAUUCAAGAAUCAACUGAGCGGCCAGCUUUUGACUAA